GACGUCAUCGUCCAAUCGUCGUUCUCCCACUUCUCGUCGUCAAAAGUUAAACUAUCUCAGAAGCUAACGCUAGUUAGCCAGCCCUUCUACACUUUUAGAAAUAACGUUACAUUUAUACAUUCAGCUAACGGUAUUUACAUGUGUUUUUACGCGUGGUUUAUUCAUACAGGAGUUUACUUAUUCACCCUUAUUUUGCAGCGAUUCAGUCAAUUGUUGUCUGAACUUUGGCCUCAGUAACUUAAGCUAACGCUAGCCGACUAGCAUGCCCCCCAAAAGAUGCCCACUGCAAGCUCGAUACGCCACGUACAUGACGGUGACAUAAGACGGGAGGUCGCUGGAGGAGAAACACCAAGGAAGUAGCUGCUAUGAUGUGAUGGAGAAAGGGAGAAGAUUGUCCCCAUCGGGUGGAGGAUCCUCAGCCGGGUUUCCCUGGUCCAAUGAUACUUCCGCCGAGUUGUGGCACAGCACUCCAGUUAAAAAGAAGGAUGCCGGUGCUUCACUGGAUGCGAGCAGCUUCAAGCUGGACAACGUGGCCCCGCGGUGGGCCCUGAACACACCUCCCGUCCUGUGUGGCCCCAGCUCGCAGGUGCAGCUCCCCGCGAGCGCCUCCUCCGUGCUGAGGAUGAGGAGGGAGCUCCAGCUGCUGAUGGCCGAGCUGAAGGACCGCGACCGGGAGCUGGACGCCAUGGCGGCCUCCCAUCGCGGGCAGCUCCACGCCUGGGAGCGAGACCGCCAGAAGGUGCUCUCCCUGGAGCAGAGGUGCGCCCGCUUGGACGAGGAGCUGCAGAAACGCAACGAGGUGAUCAGAGUCCUGACUAAGCGCGUGUGGGGGGUGGAGACCAGGAAGGAGGAGGUCCAGAAGGAGCUGAGCGCGGCCCAACAGAAGCUCUGUGAGCUGCAGAACAUCGGCCAGAAAUGUCAAGACUUUGAGGAGAAGAACCAGAGUCUGAGCUCCACGCUCAUGGCUCUGUCCACUAAGGUCGGCUCCCUGCAGGUCAGGGAGGAGGAGCUGAGCUCCAUGCUCAAACUCAAGGACAAAGAUGUGGCCGAGGCCUCAGGCCGCGUGGACGACCUGACAGCGCGCCUCAGAGACCUGGAGACCACGGUGACGGAAAGUCGCUCGCGGGAAAGUGAACUCCUGAGAGACUCGGAGGAGAAGAAACGCCGCUGCAGAGAGUCCAGACACGAGGUCACGCACCUCAAAGAGGAGCUGCAGCAGCAGGUGACACAGAGCAGCAGCCAGCGGGAGGAGAUCAUCCGCCUCAAACAGGAGCUGCAGCUGCUGCACAGAGAUCUGCUUCUGUCUGGGGAGGGGGACGGCUGGAGGGACGAGCUGCUGGAACUGUCUCGCUCCAAACAGGAGCGCGCCGCCUCCGAGCUUCGCUGCCUCCGACAGUUGUGAAAUGUGAACCAGGUGUGUGAGAAUCAGCGCAGCGACCUGCAGAGCCUGCAGAUGAAGCUGGAAGUCGCCCGUGGAGCUCAGCGGGAGGCGAGGCUGUUACCUGGCAG